UUCAGCACCCAAAGUCGAAGGAUAGCUCUGGCCUUUCAAUUGAAGAAAGUGCUAGAUUUGUCAGUGUUGUAUAAUAUAACCAGUUCUCAGUGUCCGUAUUUGUUUUGGAUCGAUCGGAAUAGUCUUCAUUUUAUGUGAGAGACAGAACUGGCGUCAAACAUGCGUAAAAAUCAACGCUUUCCAAGCAGGGAACCACCGAGAAAGGAAUUAUCGCCGCUCAUCUGAGGCCAAUCUCGAUUAUUUUUGUCAAAUAAGGAAACAUAACAUAGCUAGCUAGCGAACGUUAGCUCCGUAGAUAGCUAGGUAACCGAAAUAUCUUCACACAAAAGCAGAAUCCAGCAGGUAAUCAAGAUUGGAUCUACAUUCGCAACAGCAGGAAAACCUAUAGGCAGCAAUGGGUGCAUUCCUGGACAAGCCGAAGACGGAGAAGCAUAGUGCCCACGGCGAGGGCAAUGGGCUGCGCUAUGGCCUGAGCUCCAUGCAGGGCUGGCGGGUGGAGAUGGAGGAUGCCCACACAGCGGUGGUUGGCCUCCCCCAUGGACUCACCGACUGGUCCUUCUUUGCUGUCUACGAUGGCCACGCAGGCUCCCGGGUGGCCAACUACUGCUCCGGCCACUUGCUGGAACACAUCUUGUCAGGAGGGGCCGAGUUCAGUUCAGGAUCCGGCUCCGUUGAUGGCGUGAAAGACGGCAUCCGCUCGGGCUUCCUGAACAUUGACGAGUACAUGCGCAGCUUCUCCGACCUGCGGCAGGGCCUGGACCGCAGCGGAUCAACGGCUGUGUGCGUGUUGCUCAGCCCGACCCACCUCUACUUCAUUAACUGCGGCGACUCGCGGGCCGUGCUGAGUCGAGACACCAAGGUGGGCUUCUCCACCCAGGACCACAAGCCCUGCAACCCCCGUGAAAAGGAGCGCAUCCAGAACGCUGGCGGCUCAGUUAUGAUCCAGAGGGUAAACGGCUCCCUGGCUGUGUCCCGGGCCCUGGGGGACUACGACUACAAAUGUGUGGAUGGUAAGGGCCCAACGGAGCAGCUGGUGAGCCCCGAGCCCGAGGUGUGCGUGUUGGAGCGGGCAGUCGAAGGAGACGAGUUUGUGGUGCUUGCGUGUGAUGGAAUCUGGGAUGUCAUGUCCAACGAGGAGCUGUGUGAGUUUGUCCGCUCUCGACUCCUGGUGUGCGAUGACCUGGAGAAGGUCUGCAACUCGGUGGUGGACACCUGUCUGCACAAGGGGAGCAGGGACAACAUGAGUGUGGUGCUGGUGUGUUUACCCGGAGCGCCCAAGAUCUCAGAGGAGGCUUUGAAGAAAGAAGAGGAGUUGGAUAAGUACCUGGAGACCCGUGUUGAGGAGCUCCUGGGGAACUGUGGGGAGGCGGGAGUCCCUGACCUGGUGUCUGUCCUGAGGAGCAUCGCCUCAGAGAACAUCCCCAACCUUCCACCUGGCGGAGGCCUGGCCAGCAAACGCAGUGUGAUCGAGGCCGUGUACAACAAGCUGAACCCUCACAGAGAAGAGGAAGGGGCCUGUGCGGGGGGAGAGGAGGAGAGUGAGGAGGGAGGUGGCAGCACGGCGGCUCAUCUGCUGGAGGCUCUGCGGCAGUUCCGCCUGCACCACCGGGGGCAGUAUCAGUCGGUGCUGGAGGAGUCCCUUGCCAACUACACCCUGCGGGGGGAGAGUGUGGCGGAGGGGGCAGGGGAGGGAAGGAGGACCUCCGGAGACGGCGACAACAACGGCCAGGAGCAGCCCGCCUCCCCUCCCUCUCCCCGGUCACCCCCACCGUCACCCGCCACUGCAGAGCCGGAGGCCAGCCAAGAUGCGCCCGCCCUCGAGUCGGACCCCUCCUCUGACUGAGCACACCCCCGCCCCACCCAGCCCGACCCCAGAGCCCUAGUCAGCUGUGCUACGACCUCUCCUCCUUCCCUUCACCACAGAACUUAAAUGGACAGCUCGGCCUCAUCCGGCUCCAUCAUGGUCUGCAUAACGACAGCUACCAUCGCAUUCAUGAAUAUUUCAGUAUAUUAUAUUGAAAGGAAAUAAAAACGGCCCUCCUGUCCAUUCAAGUUCUGUCUCUGAGCCACUUGCAUACUUUCCUCCUAAUGAGGGCUCUUUUCUUUUGUUUCCCUUCCCUGUCCUCUGACCUCCUCGGCUUGGACUCCCUAAACUUGCCAGACACUUUUACACUCCACACUGAUGUUUACACUAGGAACGAAUCAAUAACCAAUUAUUAUUAGAUUCAAAAGUGGCUGGUGAAGCAAAAAAUGAACCUUGCACUCCACAGCCUACAUUUACCAGUAAUGACUUCUGGCUGAUUUUCCACCCCUUCCACCCCCGAGCCUCACGCCCCUCCCCACCCCCCAAAAUCUGCUUACAGUGGACACACUGACAAAGAGAAGGAGAGGAGAUCUCCUGAAAUGCAGCAGUGUGUCCACACACUGCACUGUCUCCAGGCCAACUCCGUCUACAGACUCAGAACACACUUUUUUUUUUCGUUGAUGUGUGUAUGUAAGUGGAUGUAAGUGUGUGCAAGUGUGUCUGCGAGAGUUUGAGUGAGUCCAACCAAUCUUCACUACUGAAUUCUUUUUUAAAAUUGGUAGUGCGUGAUUAUUGAUUGUUAGCCCGUUUAUCAUUUCAGGGAUGUUGGGUUGUUCAAACCAGUUUGGGUACAGGAACACAGGGCAGUUAAACCACAGUGGGACACUUGUGUAGGUGGGUUUCUUGUAGUUCGAACGGCAUUUUAUUUAGAUCAUUCCAUCACCGCAUAUUCCUCUUUCCACAUCACCGCAUUUUGUUGCACUGCCUCACAACCACAUAGAGGUUAAAAUAUGUUCCUAUAUGUGUCGGUAACACUCAAGUAGGGGACUUAUUUGAAUGAAAAUUAGGCUUAAGUAAACAGCUGCGCUAGAAACCCUUUAAGGCUGUAAUGCACAGCGGAAAAGUUAACUAUUGGAUGGAUUAACAAUAGAAGGAAGCCUUAGUAGGGGAAAUGAAAAGGGUUUAUAGUUUGUACAGUCUGUGAGUUCUUGCUCUGCAUUGUGUGACAUGGCUCAACCUUUGUGCUGGAUGUGUCAUCUUUGUUGUAUUACUCUUAGCAUAUCCUAGCUACUGUUAGCAUAGCCCCGUCCCAGAGAGAAGCUGUGCUCUACUCCUAAAUGCUGCCUGGUCAUGUUAGUAAUGAGCUCAUAAUGAACACAUGUUGCUGAUCUCUGCUUUAUCAGAACACAACUUUUGGAUAUAAAUGCUUUUUAAGAUAAGAGGACGCUUGUGAGUUUGGGAUGUAGACUAAUGUUGUCAUUGGUUACAUGCUUGCGUUAGCACACUUGCAGCUAUUCUGACAAAGUUCAUCUUGGAAAAAGUAAAACAGAAUCAAACUGAACCUGAGGCCAAGGGACGGUUCACCCCAAAUUAUAACACAUAUUACCCAUAGUGUCAUUUAGCAAUAAAUAUUGUUUUGUUGUAGAUAUACUUCCCUUAAAUAUAGAAGAACUAGAUUGAACUCAAAAAUCACAAACUCAAGAGCAAUGUCUGUUUCUAGGAAUUGUUACCUGGUUAUUUAGGGUUCAUGUAGGAACUAUUUUUCUUUCUACUGAACAAAAUAAGUUUGCAAUGACAAAGUAUAUGGAUUAGCUUGACUAACAAGGUCACAAUUUCUGAAAAGAGUCCUUGGUGUUGAGUUUUUCAAAUGUUUUGGUGCCAUCUACUCUCCUUAUAUUGGACGGGUGGCAGAUAUCUUCACAGCUAAUAUCUCCAACAUUGGGCAACAUACCAAAACAAUUAAGAUUAUAAACAGCACUACAGGUAGCAGGAAAAUCAGUAUUUUUGGGAUUGAAUAAUAUCCCUAUAAUAAUCACUAUAGAUACUAACUAACAUGCUUCAGGUAACAAUAUGGCUUUUUUUUGGACGACACCCACAGUCUAUAUGUUUUUCCCAAACACAUGGCGGACAUUACAUCCCUAAAGUCCUAGCUAGUGUGGCUGAAAAUAUAGCAUUUAAUCCCACUGUAGGCUUAAUGGGAGAGAGUUGUGUACCUGCGAUCAGUUCUCAGUGUAGCUGAAGUUUUAAUGAAGCAGGUUUUCAUUAAAUUCCCACUGUUCAUGCCGACAGCCGCUGGUAUUAACCCUGGGAGGAUGUGUUUCAGCUUGAUUAAAUCCCACACAAAGUAUAUAUCAUUCCUCACAGGUUAUGACACAGUCUCUACAAAACAACACAAGUCUUUCCUCAUUGUGAAAGUUGGAGAACAGACUGAACCUGCAGUGUUCAUUCUUCUACUUUGAAAGCAGCUAGAGGAAUGUUAUUGUAAGUCUGUAUAAAGCCCAGCACCCAGUGUAAUGCAUGCACUGCACUUAUCCUUACAAUAUCUAAGGCACUUAACUAUAGGAAGGGGAGGUUAUGCUAAACACUGCGCGUAUGUAUGUAUGCGUGUGUUUGUAUGAGUUGUAUUUGUAUGUGGUGAGGUGGGCCAAAUGAGUCCCACACACUUUAAAAUGACAAAUGAACAAAUAAAAAUGGUUUGAGGUUUAA